AUGGAAGCAUUCAACAUCAAAGAAGAGAAACAAAGCACAAUAUCAACAUACAGUAUUUUCACCGGCAUUGCCAGAACGCUUCGUCUUCUCGAGUUAUGCUUAGUUCUCUUCUUUCUCUUUUGGAUCCUCAACCGUCUCCCUUUCGCUCUCCGUAUCUCCGCCGACUUCCUCCGGAGUCCUCUCUUCAUCUUCGCUUUAUCAAACGCCAUCAUCGUUGCACUCCUCGCUCAGUCUGACCUCCGCUUCUCGUCUUCCUCCGCCGCUGAUUCUGAAUUUCCAGUAGAGGAGCGGUUAGAGUGCCAGGACAAGCAGAGUUGUGAGACCUGUGUGGAAGAUGUAGAUUCAUGCGCAGUAACCGUAACAGAUUCUGGUAAUAAAGUUUACUGCCGGAGUGAGUCUUUGCCGGAGAUUAUGAACGGAGAGGAAAAGAAUGAGAAAUUACAGCGAUCGGAAACGGAGAUUAAGGUGCGGGAAAUUUUGUAUCCGCAGGAUAUGCUGAGCAAUGAGGAGUUUCAGCGUGCGAUAGAAGCUUUCAUUGCAAAGCAAAUGAGGUUUCUAAGAGAGGAAUCAUGUUAA